GAGGUGUUUGAGGUGUGCGUUUACACUUCUCCUCCACCCAUGAUGGGUUACAGCCGGCUGAGUCUGUUACUGCUGCUGAGCUGCUGCACCGCUGCACAAGAUAUUUAUAAUCAGCCAAGCCAAGUGUGUCCAUUGGCCUCCAGACUCAAAGCAUUCAAGAAGUAUGUGUACCAGUACACGGCAGAGAGCCAGAACGGCGUGGUCGGCACCGCCAGCCUCCGAAACGGCCCCAGAGUCUCCUGUCAGGUAGAGGUUGAUGUCCCCGACCUGUGCAGCUUUAGCGUCCACACCAGGGACUGCGCCCUCAGCGAGGUGUCCGUCAUGGAUCCCCAGGGACAGCCGGUGUUCAGUCCCGCGGCUGGCUCCGAGCCCUUCAGGGCCAGCAUGGAGAAGAACCCUUUGAAUUUCUUAGUGGAUAGCGACAAUCAUGUGCAUCUUUUCCCUGAAACGGACGAGCCGGUGAACAUCCUCAACAUCAAGAGAGGGAUCAUUUCUGCUCUGCUGGUGCCACAUCUGGAGGAGGGACCGAACCUUGUGAACUCUGUGCAUGGCCACUGCAUGACAGAAUAUUUGGUGAAUAUAAGGCAAGACAUCGCCACGGAUGUGACGCUUUCCAGAGAUCUGUCCCAGUGUGACCACUCUUAUGGCAGAGAUCUGACCAGCAGCCCACUGGCUCUCCUCCAAAAACUGAAUAAUCCCUUGUCCAAACUCAUCGAAAGCACUCAGAGCUGCAACUACCAGUUUGAUAAUAAGCAAAGGCACAUCACCACAGCAACCUGCACGGAAAGACACAUCUACCUGCCCUUCUCCCAUGGAGAGAAUGGAAUGUCAUCCGUGGUGCGCCAGGAUCUGAGCUUCCAGAGCGUGAAAAGGAGCAGCAGAAACCUUUUUUCUGUGGACCCCGGCCAGGCCAAACCUUUUCACUUUGAAGACCCGGACGACAAAGCUCCGGUGCAGACGAAGGAUGCUGUUCUGAACACCCUCCAGGAGCUGGUGGCUUUGGGGGGCACAGACCAGGGCCAGAAGAGGACCAGUCUCUUCCAUCAGCUGGUGUCCGGCAUGCGAGUCCUGAGGAACGAGACGCUCAGCCAGACGGUGGCUGAGAUGGCGGACGUGUCCAAGUGGCUCACCUUCCAGGCCCUGGUCCAGUGUGGAACUCCAGAGUGCACCAGCGCCAUCAUGCAGAUGAUCUGGACCAUCGACGGGCUGGGGCUGGAGGUGGACGCUCUGGUCUACGGGCUGAGUCUGCAGGCUGAUCCUGACGCUGCACGGGUGCAGGACAUGCUCAGCAUGGCUCAGUAUAAACAGAGCAAGGCCAUCAUGUACGCUCUCGCAAACACAGUCAAAAAGUUUCACAAGGGAACGGUGACUCCGGUGGUCACGGAGGUGUCAGAGUUCAUGAAGACGCUCUUGAAUGACUGCUCAAACGAAGUCCAAGAAACCGACUCUGACUCUCCUCCAGAUCCUAAGGAGGUCUCCUUCCUCGUACUGAAGGUCAUUGGUGUCAUGGGUCAGGCCAUGCAGGACGUCAGCCCCAGCCUCAUCUCCUCCAUCCUGCGAUGUGUCCAGAAAACUGACAUCCCAUUAUUAAAUCACAAGGCAGCAAUACAAGCUUUCAGGUUGAUGGACAUCAACGAUGAGAUCAGGAGCGCUCUCAUGGAAGUGUAUCAGGACACUGUGAGCCCUGUUGAGAAACGUGUGGCAGCUUAUUUGAUUCUGAUGAAAAACCCCGACCGGGACUUUGUGAGAAACAUCAUCCCUGGUCUGUUGAGCGAGAGAGAAGAGCAGCUGAAGAGCUUUGUGAUCUCCCACCUGAACAACAUCCGCAACUCUGACGAGGCACGGAUGCAACAAGUCAAGGAAUACCUUGAGGGGGCCCUGCAGGACGAGCUGGCGCCCUCAAAAGCCAUCUUUGAAGGUUUAUCACGCAGCUACAGAAUGGACUCCCGUUUGGGCUCCAUACAGAGCAACGUCAUCCUCAACGGCCAGGACACGCUGCCCAAGGAGCUGAUGCUGGAGGCCACACUGAAGGGUUUCGAAGAAAACUACGACAUUUUUGAGAUUGGUGUUGACGGAACAGGAUUUGAACCGACAAUAGCAGGUCUGUUUGGGGAGAAGGGUCUCUUCGGGGAAACCCUCUCCAGACUCAUCUACCUCACAGGUGACAACUUUCCAGCACUCCAACAAGUUCUCAACAAGAUUCUUCCUCGUGGCGACAAAAAGAAGAGACAGGUUGAAGAAGAUCCCCUGGAAGCAAUCAGAGAGCGUUUUCAGAAGCUGGUGAACGACGUGCGUUUCUCUCAGGCUCCUGAAGCCAUGGCGUAUCUUCGGCUUCUGGGCAACGAGAUCGGAUACCUGAAGACCAGUGAAAUGAGAAAGAUCUUUGAGAGCAUCUUCAUGUACUACCACAUUUUCUUCAGGAUCCUGCCUGCACAGGCUUUCUCCCAGCUCACGUCUUCGGCUGAAAACGAGCUCUUCUUCCAUUACAUCUUCAUGGAGAACGCCUUCUCUCUACCCACCUCUGCUGGUUUCCCUCUGAAGUUUUCGCUGUCUGGCGUGUUCGCACCAGGCGCUAGAGGAGGCUUGACUCCCUCCUCGAUGACGGACUUGUCCUUCAUGCCAUCUGUCGGACUUGAGUUCAUCACCCACAUGGGCGUUCACAUUCCCGACUACGUAGAUGCCGGGAUAGAGAUGCACACGAGCGCCUACCACGAGAGCUCCUUCAAUGCAAGAAUCACCAUGAAGAGAAACCAGAUUCGACUGUCUAUUCCUGCUCCCACGUCCAACACCCAGCUGGUCAGCGUCAGCAACAAGCUGCUGUCCAUCUCAUCUGGUCAGACUAAGGCUGUGCCAUCUCUGGUAGAGGACCGGGUCGAUUCAACUGACUGCCAGCCCCUGUUCAGCGGCCUGAAUCUAUGUAAGAUAGUGCGCUACUCCAAUCCUACUUCUGAAGACCAGGCCCCGUAUUACCCCCUGAAUGGAGAAUCAAAGUUUGCUCUUGAAAUCCAGCCCACGGGGAAGGUUUCUGAGUACACGGCCACCAUCACCUACAAAACACCCAGAGAGGGUCGCAGGAGUGCCAGGGGUCUCAAAGUACCGGAGGCCCUGAAGCUAACCCUUAGAGCAGAAGGUGACGAACCAGUGGAGGCCACAGCAUCUUUUAAAUACGACCGCAAUACAAACAUCAUGUCCGCUGAGGUGCUCAUUCCUGACUACGACGUGGAAGCUGGCAUAAGGCUGGCCGUCGCCGAUGGUGUUUAUGAAGGAAAGAAGAUACAAGGCAUCACCAUUGACGUCACCAACAAGAACGUCCCACAGCUGACGCUUAUCGGACGCGCAAGACUGGAGAUGAUGAAGGAAGCCGUCCUGCAGCUGCAGAUGGAUGUUCCUGCUCUAAAAACCGACGUAUCUGUCACAGCCGUCCUGAAGAAGGAUGAGGAUGUGCACCUGUUCCUGGAGAUGGUCGCCCACCUCCUUGAGAUCUCAUACGAGCAGAAAGCUCGCCUAAAAUAUGACGAUGACAAGUUUGAGGUAGAACUGAACACAGACCUGAAUUCAGAGAUACGGAAAAUGAUCCCAAAUGCAGACGAGAAACACGAGCAGCUCCAGAAGCUCAUCGAUGACAUCCUGGACCAGAAAGUGACAAAGACUGACAUGAAGCUGCGCCACAUAGUCUCCAAAGGAAUUGAGGCAGGUAACAUCUGGCUGGACAAGCUGACUGCACGCUUCCCAUCUUUGGCAAAUCUUCGUAGUAAGAGGAGCAUCUCAGAUCUGACCCUGCCGGCUCUUCCUCAAAAACUCUUCCUGCAGUACGACAGUUUGUUCCGAUACCAGUUCAACAAGGAUAAGAUAGUGGUCACCCUUCAUCCUCCACUGGGAGGAAAGACAUCAGAAGAGCUGGAUCUCCCAAAGGAUCUGUCUGUGCCGGUCAUUGAUCUACCUCAUAUAGGUCUACACAUCCCAGCCAACAAGUAUCCACUGCCAUCCUUCUCCAUACCACCUUCGUUGGAUUUGACCAUCCCCCUACUAGGUCUCGCCGAAGUAUCAAGCAAGAUCAAGAGCAACUUCUACAACUGGGAAGGCUCCAUCACCGGGGGCAAUGACACCACUGAUGUGCCCAGCUAUGUGGCACUUUACAAGUCCACGGCUGAAUCACCGCUAAAACUGCUGUCGUACAAACUUGAAGGUGCUGGGAUGAUUACAGGAAGAUCUGAUGACAGUAUCAAGUAUCUUCUAAACAGUUCCUUCAGCCACAGUCUCAUAGAUACAAGCUUCAGUCUUGUAGAAACCUUUAGGGUCACAGAUAAAUUGAAUGCAAAUGCAAACUACAAGCUGAAGGCCUUGAGUCCGUUAGGCCUUGAUGCCUCCCUCUUAUACUCUGCUCAGUCAAUGUCCACUUUAGAUUCAGAAGAAGUAUCAGGAGAUGGCACUGUGGACGGACUCAUCCAGCUCGGUUGGUUCCACAGCAACGUUUCCUACACUCACAGCUACAACCUACGUCCUCUGGAUCGACAGGGCAGAGGAGAAUCCACCCUGCACUUUGACUCACCAAUCAUCCAGCUCCAUAACACCAUCCAGGGAAGUUAUGCAAACUCAGAGCUAAACAUCGUCUCCAGAACCAGCGCUCUGAGGGACAUCUUCAAGCAUGUGGCAGAACUCAAGUAUAAAGAUGGCAAAACGACCCUUAAGUGCAAUGCUGCUGGCCAAGCCUUAGGCAUAUCCCUUACGAACAAAGUUGAGCUCGGCAUAUCUAGCCAAAUGUCCCUCCUCAGAAUUGAAUCACAGGCACACGAUAACACAAAUAGAGUCUAUUCACUCAUAAGUGGAUCUCUGGAUCCAAACGGGAUUGACGUGAACUCUGAGGCAUCCCUUACCUGUUAUUUAGGUUGUCUUUUACAUAAGGCGUCUGUUAGAGUUGGAAGAGAUGGACUAACCUUUAGUGGAACUAACAACCUUCAGUGUACCCCUGUGACGAUGGAGAACAUCUUCAAUGGUGGCAUAGACAGCAACGGAGCAUCCCUGUCGUCCACCACCAAAACACUGGGACAGGAAGGCAGAGGAGAGCUGAGCAUUAGCGGUAAAAUCACCUCUGCAGAGGCCUCUUUACAAGGGGAGCUCAAGGGCCAUGCAUAUGACGCAGCCACCACGAACAACGUGAAUCUGGUUCUGAAGAGAGGAGCUCUGACUCUCACUGAGAACACGAAGGCAACGCUGUGGCAGAUGAAAACAGAAACCAGCCACACACUAACUUUCACUCUGUGGACCUUCAACCUACACUCAAAAACAGACAACUUCAUCUGUGAUGACAUUUACUACAAACAAACCACCAAGCUCGAUGUGAAGCCAUUUAUCAUGUCACUAGAUAUGACAAAUGACCUCAGGCUUUAUGAGCUCAGUUUGAACAAAAAAGGCCACAUGAAGCUUGAACCAGUUAAGGUGGAUAUCAGUGGGAUCGUAACGGGAGCUUAUGGAGAAGAAAACAAACUUAAACAUACACAUGAACUCUCCUACGAUGACAUGGCUGGUUCAUUUCAGUACAGCACAUCUGGAAACAUAAUGGAUACUCAGUUAAGUCACAGCUGUGAAUUUCAAUUUGCUGGAUUUUCUUCAACAUCAAAGUGUGAGGGGAGAAUAAAUUCUGAGCCUCUGCGCUUUGAUGGCUACAUUCGCACCAUGGCGCUGCCUUUUAGCCUGAGUAUUGACGGUCUCGUCAACAGUGACGGAGAAAUACACCUCCACGGGAAACACACGGGACAGCUGUUCAGCAAGUUAUUGGUCAAAGCUGCACCCCUCGCUUUGGCAUGGUCCCAUGACCACCAAGUAUCAACCACACAUACACUUCCAAUCGGGAAGUCUUCCACCAGCAUAGAAAACAAAUGUGAAGGUCUGCUGUCUCCAAUUGACCAAUCUGUGGACUGGAAAAUUACCUCCAAACUGAACAAGCACACUUACGAGCAGGUCAUCGGGGUUUACAACAACCCUGAAAAGGUUGGCAUUGAGUUUUCAGGAGUCAUGCAAACAGACAUCAUCAGCAGACAUGGUCGCUCUACGCCAGGACCAGAAAAAGUCACCAUGGCUGGCUUCCUGAAAUAUGACAAGAACAGUGACUGUCACAUCAUUGAGAUCCCAUUCAUCGAGAGCUUCCCUGUUGCCUUUGAGCAGCUCAAGGCCAUUUUCGUUCGUGGCCUGGAGUCGCUCCAACAGUUCAUUCAGAGUUUAAACGUUGAUCAACUGAUCACCAGCUUCAGAGAUGGCUUACAGCAGCUACCCAUGCAAGUGAAAAACCUCUUGCGCGAUAUGGACUUGGAAAACAAAGUGAACCUAGUAAAAGAAAAGCUUGAUUAUUUGAUAAAUGAGUUUGCUGUGACGAUGGACGACUUGGAGCUCGCAAUGACUAAUCUCAGAUGGAAUUUGGAAAAUAUGAUCGUAGAGAUAGGGACCAAAAUUCAAGAGUUCAUCUUUGCAGCUGAAGAGUUUGUAAAGGCAGGACAUCUCCACGACAAGAUAACAGAUAUACUUGCAUAUAUCAAAGAUCAGCUCCAGGCUUUCGAUGACAAAUACAAGAUUAGGCAGUCGUUUGUCAAGGCACUUGUUGUCAUGGAGGACAUCAUUCGACAGAUUGACCUACAGAAGCUUCGGUAUAGCAGUACUGCAUUCCUGCAGGAACUCGAUUCCAGGUACGGAAUCUUGGAGACAAUCAGAGAGAAACUAUCUGAGUUGAAACGGAUCAUUGAGGACUUUAACCUUAGCCGCUCUCUGGAAGACGUGAAGGACUUCCUUCUGUCCUUUGACUGGGCUUCUUACCUUGACCAGCUUUCGUACCAAAUCCCAACCUCGGAGAUCACAAGAAUAAUGGAAUCCAUGAAUGAUGUCGUCGUCAACUGGAUCGAUGAAUAUGAAAUUCCCAACAAGCUGAAUGCCGUGUAUUCUUACUUUAAGGAUCUCCUUUUAAAAUAUGAUUUUGAUGACAUUUUGAAAGAUUUAAUGGACCAGACAGUAAUUCUUGUCGAACAAUUUCAAAUUGAAGAGACCGUGCAGAAAGUGGUUGAGGCUCUGAAAUCAAUAAAAGUUGAAUUUGUUUAUAACAAAGUUAUGGACUUCCUGUACAGCCUAACAGACUGGAUCCGUGCCAUUGAUUUUAAAACAUCCAUUGAUGACCUUAACAACCGUAUCUCCUCAAUACUGGUGUCAAUGAAGGACUUUGAUUACAGUGCAUUUGUUGAUGAGACAAACGUGAAAAUCGCAGAGCUGACAAAAUAUCUCAAUGACGAGAUUAAAAAGUACGAUAUUGUGAAAAAGGUCGAGGCUGUCAGGGAGUUUUUUAGAGAGAUCCAAAGCUCCAUCUUUGCAUAUCUGGAUGAACUCAAAAACACAAAGGUAGCUGACGCUCUGAGGAACCUGAUGGACGUAAUGGACACUGCAUUUUACAAUGACGUCAAGCUGAAAGUGCAGGAAAUGCUUGAGGACAUGAAACAAAGAAUCGUAGACAUGGACAUCAGAGAGGAAAUGCACGUCCAUCUCCAGAGAGCAAGUGAAUCCUACACUAACAUGGUUACCUACAUUUCUGCACAGUUUAACCAACUGAUUGAGAACAUCAGAAAAAUGGCCAAUGACAAUGAGGUCAUCAAUCAGAUGAAGCAAGCUGUAGAGGGUAUUUUGGACCAGCUAAAAGCAGCCACGAUUGAAAUUCCCCCUUUCACUGUCCCGCUUACCGACCUUGAAAUACCUGGAUUCACAAUCAACCUGAACAGACUACAGGACAUCCGCAUCCCAGAUCAGAUAUCAGUUCCCAGUUUCACCAUUCUCAACUCGUACACGAUCCCUGCCUUCACCAUAGCGUUAAAUGAGAUCAAAGCGAAGAUAAUUGCAAUCAUUGAUGACAUCAGAAACUUUAAGAUCCAAACCCCUGACCCAGAGGACAUUUUUGGUGACCUAAAAGUCCUCUACCUGUCUAACCUACCAGACCUAACACUUUCAGAGAUAACUCUUACAGAAAUAAAGGUUCCAGCUAUCAGAAUCCCCAAAUUGAAUCUUGAAAACUUUGAAAUCACAAUGCUUCCAAUUCCAGCCAUGGAAUCACCCAAGAUCCCCAGUGACAUUUGUAUUCCACUUUUUGGGAAACUCCAGGGAGAAUUUAGCAUCAACUCUCCACACUACAACUUUAUAAUUACAGGGAAACUUGAAAACUCAACGUCCUCGGUGAAAACCCCCCAGUUUAGAGCCUCUGUUACUUCCAGUGCCACAUCACCCAUUGAGCCUCUAGAAUACACCUUUGAAGCCAAUGCUCAGCUGGAAGCUCCCAGAAUGAAGAAGCUGAGAUUUACAGAAACGGUGAGGGCUACACAUAUGGCAUUUUCCAUCAAUCACGAAGGAUCUUUGAUACUCACUGGCUCUUCUGCAGAGGUUUCUGCCAAGACCAUCACCAAGGCUACAACCCAAAUGUACACGGCAGACCUGGACAAUAAUGUGGCCCUUACAUUAAAGAAUGACAUAUCUGUAGUUAGUCACACAAACUAUGACCACAACUUAGACAUCCCAUUAAUUGAUACUUCAAGCCAAGCAUCACUUAAACAAAGCAUAGUAGCAGUGAUGGACUCUGGAUCCAUUAAGGUGACUGGCCAAACUACUGGUGAUGGAAAAUGGACCAUUCAAGACUACUCUGAUGAAGGCACACAUAGGAGUAUUGUUGAAUUCAAUGUUACUUUUAGCACUGCAAAGCUGACAGUUGAAGGAGAAACCGACUGUAAGGCCUUAAAAGCCAAACAAAAGCUGACUGUUGAAUCUGUGAGCUUGAGCCACAUCACUGUGCAAGGAAAAUGUGAAACCAUGGCCCCAUUUGUCAAGAACAGUGUCCUGGUUUUAAACGGAGAGGCUCAUGUUGGGGACUUGAAGGCUGCACUAACCGCCUCUCAUGAGGCUGAAUUCACUGAAAGUCUGACAGGAGCCAUGUCCAAUUCAUUGGAAUUCCUGGCCCAUCCAUUUGAGAUUAUCUUUGAUGUUAAGAACAAAGUUAACUCCAAAAUGUUCUUUCCCCUGAAACUCACGGGUAAGGCAGACUUUCAACAUGAUUAUGGUUUUGUUCUAAACUCUGAGAAACAACGUGCCUCUUGGUUUGCUUUGGCAAGAUUCAAUCAGUACAAGUACAGCCACAACUUUGCAGCAGAAAACAAUGAAAAGGAUGUCUACUUCCACUCUUUUGUCAAUGGAGAGUUUAACGUGGACUUUUUGACUGUUCCCCUCUCCAUCCCAGAAAUCUCCAUCCCCUAUGUUGAUAUGACAACCCCUGAAUUAAGAGAUUAUUCUCUUUGGGAAGAUGCUGGAUUAAGAUAUUUGUUCCUCGACAUACCCCGGCAGUCAUUUGAUAUGAAUUUGAAGAUUCAGUACUACAAGAACCCUGAUGUGCACACCUUUGAGUUGUACCUCGAACCAAUUUACAAUGUAAUCAGUGACAAUUUCCAAAUCAUCCAGGCUCAGUUUGAAGCACUGAGAGACAAGGCAGUUGUAAAUCUAAAAGAUUCAUACAAUGAAGCAAAGUCACAGUACAUCAAACAUAAAAUUGACACUUCUGGUCUGCCUCCAAGAAUCUUCAGAAUCCCUGGAUACACAAUACCAGUACUGAACAUUCAGGUCUCUGCUUUCAGGGCUGAGAUGCCAGCUUUUAGCUACUUUGUUCCCAAGGAGGUCAGCACACCAAGCUUCAAAGUUCCAGCUCUUGGUUUCUCCGUGCCGUCGUACACCCUUGUGCUGCCGUCUCUGAGGUUACCUGCCAUCUAUGUUCCAGAAACCUUAAGUGAAAUAAAGCUGCCCACUUUCACUCUACCAGCUGUCCAGGACAACAUUAUGAUCCCAGCAAUGGGCAACCUCACUUUUGACUUCUCCUUCAAGUCCGUUGAUAUUACUGUUGGUGCUUAUGCAGGCCUCUACAAUCAAUCAGACAUCGUUGCUCGGUUUGGUGCUUCCUCAGAGUGUGUGUUUGACAUUUUGAAUGGGAAAAUUGAUGGCACCACCAGUUUGACUAGGAAGAGGGGACUGAAACUGGCAACCGCAGUGUCACUGGAGCACAGUAAAAUGGAAGCAAGCCAUGAAUGUUCAGUCAGUCUCACCAAGAGAAGUCUGGAGGGUUCUGUAGCCAAUUCUGUAAAACUUAAUCUACCAUUCCUCCAACUGGAAAUCAAUCAGCAACUCACAGGAGACACCAAGACAAAGCCAAACCUUUCCUCAAAGAAAAGUCUGCAGUAUAGGUUUAACAUUCCUGUGAUUGAGUCUUUGGGCAAUGGAAACUUGGAGACGAGCUGGGAACUGGAAGCGCUCUCCUCUUUCAUUUCAGUGGAGGCCUCUACCCAAGGCAAGUCAGAUACAACGCUAAUGAACAGUUUUAAAUUUGUUAAUGAUCUGGAAAAUAAAGCAAGUUUCUAUCUGAACAUUAAUGGUAUGCGGUCAACUUCGCGCACCUCCUUGAACUUGAACAUUGACAAACUAGAGAAACUGAAACGUAGCUCCAGCAGCAGCAUCUUCCUGUUUAAUUUGGACAACAACAUGGCUGUUCAACUCUCGCUACGACGUGUCUUUGCAAAAUUCGACUACACCGGCAUUAAUAAACUUGACUUUAUGUCUUUCCGCACCAAUGGAAAGCAUGUUGUUAGGGGAGAACUUGAUUUUGUUCCCAUAAUGACCCUGAGAACUGGUCUAAGCACUGAUGCCAGUCAGUUGAGUGAUUUUGGAGAGACUGAGCUCAUUCAGAACAUCAACCUGGUCAUUAGCUCAGAGAAGCAGUCCUUGGACUGGAACAUAAAAGAACAGCUGGGAUCUGUCAUCCAUACCUGUGAUUUGUUUGUGUCCAAUGAUGAAUCUGAAGCACGUGUGGAAUUUAUUGGAUCGAUGGAGGGUCACCUCGCAACCUUGAAGUCAAUCAAGCUUCCUGUUUAUCAGAAGAGCCUGUGGGAUGUGCUUAAAUUUGAUGAGGUCACAAAUACAAAGAAUGCACAAUUUGUUAACAUCUCCUCUACUGUUGUAUACACGAAGAGCAUGGAUGGCUAUGAUUACACCAUACCAUUUAAACUGUUUGGAAAUGGUGUCACUUUAAGCAUCCCUGAGAUCAGGGUCACAGUGCCUUCUUGGGUAAGAGAAAUUCCCCAGUCCAUCAGGAACAUAGACGUGCGUUUUGAAGAUGUUGAGGUCCCAGAUCAUCUAACUCUUCCUCCUGCCAUCUCAGUCCCAGCCUUCCAUGUUCCCUUCACCAACUUGCAUGUGGACACUUUUAUAGUUGAUCCAAAGAACCUUGAAAUCCCUAAAGUGAUCACCACCAAGCCGUUUGACAUCAUGCUGCCGGGACUUCCAGUGAUGUCAGUGCCCAGUUAUGACAUUAACACAGACUAUCUACAGGGUAAAACAUCAUUUGUGGUUUUCAACGUCCCACAGUAUGAUAUCUCAGUGUCCUCUUUUACACUCCCCAAAUCUUUCACCCUGGGAGAGCACACCAUCAGCAUGGAUGAAAUCACAAGUCAGAUUUCAAAUUUUGAGCUUCCAAAUAUUAUUAUCCCAGCGCAGAAGCUUGAAAUUCCUGAAAUGGACCUGUAUCUGCCUUCAAGUGUGUUCAUCCCAACUUUUGGUUCUCUCAGUGCCAGUCUAAAGGUUUCCUCACCCAUUUAUAAUGUGUCAACAAUUGCCAGUGCGGAGAAGAAGGACUCGGACCUCGUAACUAUGCUGCAUUCCCGUUGUUCAUCAACCAUGGAUUUCUUGGAAUAUGAACUUACUGCACAGGCAACCGUUAAAUACGAUAAUGGAGCUAUUAAAAUGAAUGGGUUGUGCCACUUGGUUCACCCUGAUGUAGAUGUCAACUGGCGACAUGUUUUGGCACACCCACUAAGAGCAAAACGUCAAAUCCCUCGAGGAGACUUUGUGAUUCAGGACUCUGUUCAUACUCUCAAUGUUGACAUUGUCAGCCGAACAUUUGCCGACGGCAGCUUCCGCUUUGCUUCCCGCAAAGACGGCAUCACUGCGUCCAUGUCGUCUCCAUCAGCUGGUUUCCUUGGACUGCAGCUUCAGCGGAGGUCUCCAUCGCAGCUGUAUGGGAAAGUGUUCAGCCGCUACCUGUCCACUCCUGAGAAGGACACUAAUGUGCUCACCGUGAGAUCCUCACUAAAAAACUCUCAGAAGCUGGCCUUCCAGACGACGUGGAACUGGGACUUCUUGGACGAUGCGAUGGAAGGCUUCAAGGGCAGGAUUCCUGCGAUGACCGAAGCCGUGCUUGAGUUGAUCAACAAGUACCACACCUCCCACUUUGGCUUCGAUCUGAAGCGUGGAGGCGUGAAGCUGAAGAGCGCCGUCUCUAACAUGGUGGAGAAAGCCUCUCGGCAGAUUCCCGUCACUGCAGUGCAGGAUUUAAUCCAGACCCUGGCCGAUCAAGGAAAAGACAUCUACAGGGAGGUUUCUGACCAGCUGAUGUCCAUGAAUGUGCAGGAUGUUGGACACAGGGUGGCCCGGGAGAUUAAACUAGCCGUAAGACACACCCGGAACAGGAUCCGACACUUCCUGGAUGCACUGAUCGAGUUCUUGAGUAAAAUAAAGUUCACAGUUCCUGGAUCGGAGGUGAAGCUCUCUAUGGUGGAAAUGUUCCAGAAAGCUCGUCAGUCUGCGGCAAGAGUCACAGAGAGGACAGUCCAACAGCUUUUCACCCUUCUCAAGAGCAUUUCUGAGUCCAUUAGGAACACCGAAUUCAUCAGAAACAUCGAGUUCAACGUACCCGGAGCCGGUUAUGUUAAUGGAGAGAAGAUCAUGGAUAAGUUGGAGGAUUUUGCAGAAUUUACAUAUCAUCAACUCUCUCGCCCUGUGGAAUGGGUGGAAAAUUUGUUCUAUGACCCAAAUCAUAAUGUUUUCAAGUUAGUUGCUGAAAAAGUUGAGGAUAUUCUCACCUUUAUAAAAGAUAAAAGUGCAGACAUCACCUCUAAGUUUGAUGAAAUUUAUGCCGAGACUCUAGAGUCUUUGAGACAGAACGCUGAGGAAGUAAAGAGGCUCAUGGGCGAGUACAAAGACCUCCUCAAACGGAGGAUCCAGGAGGCGUAUGACGCUCUGACCGUGGAGGAGGUUAACAGCCGUACCAGGGACUUUAUCGGGAUCCUGCAGGCAAACCUGUCCCAAGCUCUUCAUGAAAGUGUAGAUGUUGUGGAGAGGGUGUCCCAAAGCACGGCUCCCUACGUCAGAGUCAGCAAGGAAAAGGUAGACGUUGAAAUCCCUCUACCCUUCUUCUGGAAGUCCUUCAACGAGUGGCCCACUCCGAUGAGACGCUGAGCUGGAACGCUUCCAUCGUUCCUGAACAGGUCUGAAAUCACCGGUCUGUCUGGAAAAACAGGACUUUUCAUUUGAUGCCAAUUAAAAUGGUUACAAGGUGAGA